AUGCCCACUACUGUGAAUGCCAUUGUUGUAACGUUUGUAGUGCUUCUUAUACUUCUCGUCGCUGUCUUCACCAUGUCGUUCGUGGCGCGUCGCUUGAGGCACUUGAGGAACGAACAACGCAGCCACGAAGAACGCCAACGUCUACGUAACCAUGCACUGUCAACCGAAGAAGAACGUCAGCGAUCACGACAACGGUUACUCCAUCGUGCGGUGGAUCGCAUAGUGGAUCGUGGUGCUGCGUGCGAAGGUGUCGCACUAGCAACAGAGGCGCGUGGAACAGAGGUGUUGGCAGACCGCCCAAUGCAAAGGCGACGAACACGCAUACCUAAUAGCCCUGGACGUCCAAUGGUGCAACUCGAAAAUGGCACAGCAGCGACAGUAGCGGAAUUUGUUGCUGGAGUGCGAGCCAAUGGGCCGCCACCAGACGCAUUACCUGCGCCCACGGUACUGCAGAUGUUGCAUGAUAUUCAGCAACAGGAACGAGAGCGACAAAAUAGUGGAGGGGCGCAAAAUACUCGAGUCACUGAUGCGCUGUGGGAGGAGCUUCGGCAGCUGGAUGAGGACGAGGAGAGAGAAGCAGAAGAGAAGCGAGAGGCGGAGAGAGAGGCGAUACCCGAUGCUGAUGAAGUGUAUGGAAAGGGUCUGCCGUACGUGUUAAAUCCCGCCAAUGCGGAGAUUGUCUAUAUUCUCGAUAACCCGGGAGAGAAUCAGGAAGAGAACCAGGAAGAGAGAGACUAUCAGCGUCACCAGGAGCGGCAGAGCAGCAUAAUAUCACUGGAUUGGAUUCUAACCCCACUGCUUAAGCGAAAGAGUACUGUGAGUUUUGAUGGCCCUGGAAGAACAGUGGACUAG